AUGAAUGCUUUUAAGUAUUUCGGUAAAAAAGCUCUUAAUAAUGGUGGUAUGUCAGCUUUGUGGCUAGGAACAAAAUUAUUGACAGUGAUCGCCGACCCAGUAAUAGCGGAUUAUUUAUCGAAAACCUGUUUAGAGAAGGACAACAUAACGCAAAUGGCACAAUAUCUCAUAGGAAAUGGAAGCAUAUUUGCACCAGUUUCUAUUUGGCGUCCGAGGCGGAAGCUUGUAUCAUUAAACUUCAGCUUACCUAGACUCAAUCAUUUCGUGGACAUAUUUUCCCAACAGGGCCUAAUUUUGGUAAACACGUUAAAGAGAUCAGAGGGGAAACAGCCUAUCUCACUAUUCAAAUACCUCAUUGCAUAUUCCAUGGACUCUGUUUGUGAAUCAACUCUUGGGAUUAAAUUGAGUGUACAAAACAAUUCUGAGCAUCCAUUCCCCAAAGCAUUCGAAUACCAAUGCCGGAUAUACAUAAAACAUUUAUUCCAACCGUACAUUUACGAUAAUCCGUUUUACAAACUAACUCCAGCUUACGCAAAAUUUACAAAAAACAAUCAAAUUAUGAGGGAUUUUGUAAAAAAGAUGAUGACCAACAAAUCUGAUGGCGAACAGGGGCUCUCGGACUUGGAAAUACUUGAGGAGUUGCUUGUUUUGUUUGUGGCUGGGACAGAUACUUCGGCUACUGGAGCAGCGUUUGUAGGUGUGAUGCUGUCCAGACAUCCUGAAGUGCAAGACAAAGUUUACAACGAAUUGCAAGAACUAUUUGGUGAUUCAGACAAACAUGUCACUGCAAAAGAUUUAACUCAAUUAAAAUAUUUGGAAGCUGUUGUAAAGGAGACUUUAAGAUUGUAUCCACCGGUUCCAAUUACUAUGAGGAUGGUUGAUCAAGAUGUGACAAUUCCAUCAGGGAUAACGCUCGUGAAGGAUUCAACACUUCUUAUCCAUAACUGGGCAAUAAACAGAAAUCCAGAGUACUGGGGCGAAGAUGCCGAGGAGUUCAGACCAGAACGAUUCUUUGAUGAUCCUCCCAAACAUUCGGCUGCAUUUGCGUCAUUUUCAUUGGGCCCAAGAAAUUGUCUUGGAUACAAAUACGCGCUGAUGGCGAUAUCAACAGUAACUAUACACUUGGUCCGCAACUUCAAAUUAGUAUUGCCUGGGGCAGAUAUCAACUUAAAAACCGGCAAGUGUUUAGAUAAAGAAAAACCUCUUCGAGUGAAAUUUGAAGUAAUGAUGAAGGAUGUAGACGAUUUUAAAGUUCGAUUGGUACCCAGAACAAAAUGAUACUGGAAAUAUUAAGUGAAACUAAAACGAAGUACUAAUUAACAUGG